AGCAGAGCACUGAGACACAGCUGAGAAUUAGAGGGAGGGAGAGAGAGAGAGAGAGAGCAGUGAAGUGGAAGUAUGAGUGAGCAUCAGAGAAAGACAGAAAUAGAGCAAUAAAGCAGUGAAUUAGGGAGAGAGAGAGAGGCAGAGGAAGAGGGGGAGAGUCUUUCACUGAGGUGGUGAUGGUUGGCGUGCACAAGGCUUUAUUCAUGUAGCAAAAAAAAAAAAAAAAAACAGCUCAGUUUUCCCCUCCGUCGUUUGUGGAUGUAAGAGCCUCAUGGAUUCGCUUCCCUCUGACUCCCGGUGGAAUUCAUUGCAUCUGGAUCCAAACAGCUGCAGCUGGAAGAUGCGACCGUGCCUGGGUACGGGGAUCCAUGUGGGCCUGUGACGACUGCAGUCCCCGCCGUGGCUACCUCUUCUCCAUAAGGAUGGCUCCAGCAGCACUGACCCAGAUUGUAGAGUCGUGGCUCGUCGCUGUGGAUUGCUCCUCCUCGGGUGGUCUGUGAAUGUGAUGCAGACCAGGCAUGCUCUACACCUCAGCGGACACCACGCAGCGUGCUACCUCUGCUGACAUCUGUCUUUGUGGAUACACACAGUGACUGGCAGGCUACGCCAGCGAGACUGAUCCAUAAUAAUAAUCCCCAGCCGAAGAACAAACAACAUCUGGGCGUGGAGAGAAGGGAGAGGGCGAAGUCUCAGCAGGGUGGGUGGCAGAUGGUGACACUGCAGCAGCACUUCUCCAGCAUGGAGGAGACAGUACGAACUCUACUACAGAACCAGGACUCAGUGGAGGGCCCCAGCGUGGACCCACUGGACCUCAUGAAAGCAUACAAGGACAAACUCCUGGAGGAAAUGUGGAAGCAGCAGGACAGUCUGGAGGGUCCCACAGCCACAGCAGAGAGUCCCGGCUCACCAGAGGCCGGCAGCAGAUUGGAGGAAAAUUCAAAUGACACCAAGCCCCUUCUAGAACGACUGAGAGCCCUGGAGGCAGAAAACUCUGCUCUAUCUCUGGAAAACGACAACCAAAGGAAGCAGUAUGAACGCUGUCUGGAUGAGGUGGCGAACCAAGUGGUCCAGGCCCUGCUCACACAGAAGGACUUGAAAGAGGAAUGUGUGAAGCUUCGGACCCGUGUGUUUGACUUGGAGCAGCAAAAUCGCAUUCUGAGUGUGCUGUUUCAACAACGUGUCAAAAUGUCCACAACUCCUGUCUCGCAGGAGGUCCAAAGGAAUGGAAAGGCAGGUGUUCCUGCUGGGAGAUGGCCCAGUCUUCUGAGUCUAACAUGCCCACGCAGUAGCUGCAGUGGCAGCGGCAGUGAGAUGUCAUUAUCCAGCGCUUGUAGUGAGUACUCCAGUGGCUCCCAUACUUGGGCAGAGGGACGUGGCUCUUCUAAGCAGUAUGCCACAAGCCGGGAGAAGAGGAUGAGUACUGGGUCAGUAUCCAGCAAUAAUUCAGUGCCUGCCGAGCAGACAGACCUGGGAUGGAAGGAAGGUCACAUUCUGAAAGGCCUGAAGCGUCUCCAAAUGUCUGGCCCCAAAGAGCCAUCCUCACUUACAUCUGUGCCACAUUAUAAAGAUUGUAUGACCUCCAAUGAGGGUAUAUAUUCACUUGGCAUCAAGUGUGGUCCACAGGGAAUUGUACCAAAACAAGCAGUCACUAUGGGCAAACCUUUCAGUGCAGGAGAAGGGGCGGCUGCCCUAGUUUCUGACUCUGAUGAUGCAGAUGAUGAAUCACCUAAAUCCCCAUCCAGAGGAUCCUGUGACCAACCCAAAAAAGAGGUUCUUUGCUUGGACACACCUCAUGUCACUAGGGAUGAAAUGAGUCCUGCUGAAAGAAGUUUUCAGGAGGACCCUUUAAAACUCAGAGGAAAUCCUGGCAAUUUCCUCUCACCUGUCACAGACAACUUCCUCUUGGAGGGCCCCACAGUGAAACCUGGCAUCAGCCCAACAGAGAGCCCUACCCACAUGGAUGCAUUAAAGAAUAAAAAUUCACUUGAAAAAAACAAGCCAUCAGGCUUGAAGAAGUUAAAUGACAGAAACAACAAUGAGGAAAGGUCCACUGACCGAAAAUCCAGGCUUGAUCAUGUCAAAAGGCACCAAGACAGACUCAUAGCCAAGCAACUGGAGGGAGGGAUGAGUGAUGUGAGCUCAUCUCUUCAUCAUACUGCUACAACUGCUCUGAGCUCUGUUAGUGAAGCCAGACAGCGCAGCUCCUCAAUGGACAUUCCUCAUUGCAGAGAUCAGGCAAAUCAAGCUGGAAGUGAUAGCAAGGACUACACCAUUGUGGAAUCAACACAAAGAAAACUAAAACCUCAAGCUUGUGACUCAGCAAGGAAGGCUUUCAUUCUGCGGAGCAAAAGUGCAGAUGGAGGACCAGAGCAAACCAAGCAAUUCCAUUCUCCUCUACACCAAAAGCUUAUCAAGGUCCAUAGAUCCAAAGGACAGUCAAACUCUCCUGGACGUAGUAUUCCUGGCAAAAGAUCAAACUUUGGCAAAACACAAGGUUCAGGAAAAGGCACAUUUCCUAAAGUUGAGAAAAGUGAGAAUUUUGCUGAGACAAGAACUUCUGAGUCUCUUGACAAUGUAGGGAAAAGUUCUCCCCUGUCUUCCCCUGUGAAACAUUCAAAGGCAUUUAAGCCUUCUGGAGUCAAUGAAUGCUCAAAGAGCCCAACCAAAUCAUCUUUGCAAAUGACCAAACUUCCAAAGAGUAAUGACUCUGAGGCAGAGGGCAUCUCUAACAAUUUAUCCUGCUCUCCGCUCAAACAAUGGAAUCAAGAGCAGCACUCUGAUACUGCUUGCCACUCUGAGCUUAGGUCCCCUUCCCCACCACCACCUCCAGGUCGAACUACAUCUCUUCUCAUUAGACCUGGGUAUGACUCUUUACCCAAAGCCCAUAAAUCUGGAGGUCAACUUCAAAGCUCUACCACUGGGAAGGCAGCAGCUAGCAGCACCAAGCUUCAGCCAAGCCAACUUUCAUCUGUUAUGCAGAUGCAGCCUCAGCACUCUAACACAACAAAAGAUACUCGCCAUAUGGCCCCAAAAUUGGGAGCUGAAGUUACCAAGUCACCAAAACAUGUCCCCGCCAAAACCUACCAUCCCCACUCAUCCAGGAUAUCAUCUACAACCUCGAUCCCAGUUCAAGAAUCACAAGCUUCAGACUCUGUCCCGUCAUCUAUGAACCGAAGUGUAACAUGCCAUGAUGAAAAUGGUGCUUCCUCUAUGUUAUCAAAUCAAAGCAUCUUACCAGUAUCUCAUCAGAGCAUUGGUGAGCCAAAACUUUCAGAAGUCUUGCCUCAGGCUUGCUCUAAUGUUUACUACCAUGGGACUGGCAGUAAUCCUCAGAAUUCCUCCUCUAGAGCUGUGAAAACAGCCCUUCCUGUAAAUACUAAAUCUAAUGAGGCAAUUCCAGGGCAGGGGACCAGUACCUUCCUAGUUCAAGGAAGGCUUAACAAAAGCGACACAAACACAGCUACAAAAGGUGUCCAGACAUUUGAGACUUUAAUUUGUGAUCCCAGUGUUCAGCAGGUUAUACAUGGAGUUAAUGAAAGUGGUACACAGGACAAAGCCCGGCGAAAGAUUGAGACCCGUUGUAACUCACUGGAUUCUGAGCCCAUAGUGCAACCUGUUGCAGCAGACAGUGGUGUGAUAUUAGAUUGGGGAUUUGAUGAGGAGGGUUGGCUGUUCAAACGCUCUGUGUCUGUGUCAACCAGACCUCCCCUUAAGCCAGUUAUGGGCAUGAAUGGAGCUAAGGCUCGAAGCCAGAGCUUUGGUGCAAGAUACAUGGAUAGGCCAAACUUCAAUAGAUCUGGGAUGGUCCGCACCCAGAUCAAAACUCACUCAGGGAGCUCUUUGAACUCUCUUGGUGAUGUCUUCCCAGGAAGCAUGAGUUGCUCCAGUAGCUAUCAUUGUCCAAUGAACCGAUCUCUUUUGAACAACUUCCUGAUUGAAGAGGGCCUGCCAAUACCUUCACAUUUGGGCUCCUCCAGUGAAAGACUUCAAAGUCUAAAACACCAGCGAGAGCAGGCCAGACGCCUUCAGAUUGAACAACAGUUCUCAAGCGCCUUUGGUGAGCCAGUUUCUGAGGAACCUGAAAGACAAAAUACUAUAACCACGAUCGAGGAGAAAGUUAUGCUGGGAAUAGAAGAGAACUUGCAUAAGUCUCAGGAACAGGAGAGAACCAAUGAAUCAAAACAAAAAUCUGGCUCAACCUUGGCAAAUUGGUUUGGCUUCCGUAAAAGCAAGCUUCCUGCUCCAAGUGGCAAAAAGGCUGAUGCACCUAAAGCAAAGGAGGAUAAGAGGGACCAAAAGAUCACAUCCCUUCUGGGAGGAAAGCAGGCCAAGUCUGACAAAAAGAAAGACAGAAGAAAAAGUGAUGGAAAAGAGUGCUCUGUAGGGAGGAGAGAAUCUCAUGAUGCAGUGCGGGCCUGCAUCUCAAUGCCCUGCCCAGGAAUGUCCCUGAGUGAGAUACAAGGACACAAUGACAUCUUAGGAGACCCAAAGGCAAAACUGCAGAUGAUGAACCGCAGUGCUGAUGGUGAAAAUGGAUCUGCACUGAAGAGCCCCGGCAAGGAUCCUGUAAUAGGCUCUGGCUGCAAGAUGCGAACGUUGGACAGUGGAAUCGGGACCAUCCCCCUCCCUGAAUCCUGUUCCUUCUUCUCUUCCAUCCUGCACUUCCUCCCCAAAUCCUCAUCAACCCCAGAACAGUCCCUCAGUCCUCCCAGUGCUCCUGGUUCCUCCAGUGAGGAGGUGUCUCCUUCCCCAUUGCCCCGCUGGAAAAUACCGUCCGGCUUAAGGGACAGCAGCCGUGCAGGGGUGCCAAGCUCCCUGUCCGAGUCCUCCAUGACCCUUAUCCAGUCAGUGCCUUUCCCCACUGUGGCCUUCCUCCAGCCCAUCCAACCCCAGUCUCAACCCAUUGUGACCUCUGCCAAUGUGUGUGAUACCCAGAGCAGGCUGCCCAGACCGGCCCCAGGUGGAACAGAACCAAAGAAGCUGACCUAUAUCAAAUCAAAGACAAGAUCUACUCCGAGCCAGCAGAACGAGCAGACGAGACUUCAGCUUGCCAACUAGUUGAUUAUGAGCGGAAUGACUCAACUUAGGCGAGGAAGCAGCAAUCAGUUGGACUUUGUUCUCACACACAGGGACGGUUCCCAAAUCCCACAGUUUGGACACUGCGACUGUGUAUCAGGAUGAAACACCCAGCGCUGGACAGCUCGUGAGCUUGGACUGGUAAGGUUCCACCUGCGCUUGCUGUGGCUUUGAGAUGCUGAGUUUGGAGGGCAUGCAGGUGACGUAACGCACCCUCUGGCGGCCAUGUUGGAGGUCUUCAUCCCUUUGGCAUUAUUGGGCUGUGAGUCGCUGAUUGAAUCUCCACACGUACCACCCGGCCAACUCAAUAGAUUUCAUGGAUAUGGCUAAUUUCUGUGCUGUUACCGACUGAAAGCUGAUUAUUCCGCCACUACUAAACAUGAUGGACUUUGUCUUUUGACGUCAGGUUGUUAGCGGUUAAGUUAACUACUGUGGCAUUGUGAACAUGUAUGAUUUGCACACAUUGAGUAGAAGCUAAUGUAAGUGGCUACACUAGUAGGUCUGCUAAAUUAGCUGACCAAAAUCACCAAACAUGAGUUGUUCCUUUAAUCGAGUUCAUUCAUCGGAACUACAUCUGGUAAGAAGAAACCAGGACUAAAGACGACUGUGUCACCGUAGCAUCAAUUUGGAAGCAAGUCUACCUUCACUUUUACUUCUUAUUCCUGAACUGAUCUGUUGCUGCACCACAACAGUCUUUUCAGAUAUAUCUCCCUAUGUAGCCUGGUUAUUAUAUAUGUAGCCAUCAUCUGUGUACAGCUAACUCUCCAUUGGACCUCCAUGAUGGUACCAGACGUGGUUGAUGAGAGAUUUGCGACUACAAAGCCUCUAUUCUAUUUUCUACCCAACUGAAUAAAUAUUUUAAUAAGUGAAAAGUGAUGUAAAGAUCUGAUUUUAGAGCUAUAGUAUUCUAAUUAGUGAAAGUCCAUGUAAAGACCUAACUGUAGAGCUCAAAUCUUUGUAUGAUCAAUUUCCGACCAAAAUAUCCAAUAAAACCUUAUAAUGCCAAGAUUCCAAAGUAUGAUUACCAUCCUGAAAAUAUCCGGCGUCCAGCGCUCACCACUGAUUGCCAUGAGCUCUGUUCCCAACUUGGUAAUUUAUGUCCUCAAAGUGUUGCGCUAAGUCGCUGGUAACCUUAAUUUAUUUAUUGUCACAGUGUUAAUAACUUGCAUGCAGACACCCUCAGGCUCAUUCUAACAGGAGAAAUGAAGAUGCAAACUGAUAUCCAUCAUAUGAAGGGUUUCAUUACAAAACGCUACAUAUCCACUUUGAAAAAAAAAAGUUACUUCAUGCUACUGCAUUGCUUAGCAUUUAUGAAAUGUAACAGAUCCUCUUACAUGUCAUUAUUUUGUAAGCAAAUGUCUUUAAAAAAUAAUCCAUAGUAAAUUUUAUGUUCAUGCAAGCCAUCAUUUUGAAAAGUAGGUGUGCCAUUUUUAACUAAUAAAAAAAAUAUCUCAGCUCUGAAUGAAACUCUUCAUAUAUGUAGACUAGUUCGUUGUUUUGAUAUAUUCCACAGUUAUGACAUCAAGACAAACCAGUGAAUAUGUUGCAUGUAACCUUAGUUCUCUAUCAUCUUAGGCACAUUGUGGACAUUGCUGUGCUAGCUCAGGGAAAAUGCCAUUUGUUGUUUCUAAUAAACUUGAUAGAUGCUGUGGAUAUAAUGAUUAUGGUUCGACUUCAACUUUGACCUUACUAUGUGCAGCCGUUUGUGUGCAAUCACCGAAUAAGAUAGAUUUCACUCCAACGGUUUGAAAGGUUUUACCUGAGCUUACUAUUUCUCUCUUGUCACUUUUUGUCCGGACAUUUAACUGUAAGAUAUCUGCACCAUGGUUGCUCAGUUUCUCUCUCUCUAUUAUGUAUACUGUGUUCUUUAUAGUAAUGUUUUUGGUGUCAUGAAUGCAUCCUGACCUGUUUGACAGUUUUAGGUGUUUAGAGAUGAUUUCCCCCUCCCAUCUCUGUCAUUUCCCUGCCUUUCACCUGUAGAUAUUUGCCAAAAUGUAUUGCCAAACACCGCUUUCAGCUAAUCACAGUAUACAGAAAAUGAAUGCAACUGAAUCUACAUAUCAGAUUUGUCAUGGUAACUAUAGCCAUAAUGUUUUCAAAUACUAGAGACAGUUUACAGGUUAACAUUCAAGUGAUGUACUAUGAAGCACUGUAACGUUGCACAAUAUCGUUAAGUCAUAUCUUUGGGUCUUAUUUACCUCUUCUGUAUCUUUGCUCACUUGCUACAUUUAUUUGUCGGAAGUAACGUUUGUACAUUUUCAGUGGUGUUUUUGACAAUAGCAACACAUGUAAUAAAUGACAUAUGUAGCGUACGCAGGUGAGACAAGGCGUUCAUGGAUCAGGGAUCAGGUGUACUGUAUUGAUACGGGUAGAUGGAGCAUGGGGUCUUUGUUUUGAUAUGGCGCAUAUAAUGAAGAGUGUCACUCUCACAAGAGUAUUGUAUUUUUCUAGCAUUUACUCUUAUGUAUUUAUGCCUGGUAUUUGUACUCAGCACAGAUAAUUGUGUAAUUAACCAUUCUUGCACACAUUGUUACUCACAAUUACAGUAAUUCCCCUUUUAAAUGUUUUCUUUCAGAACCCAAUAACAGUGAUGUUCUUGUGUGGCAGUCACCUUAGCAGUCUGAAAUAAGAAUUGUAUAUUACUAAUAUUCUUUGUUUUAUGUAAAAGAGGAAAGAAAAAAAUAAACUAUUUCAAUACUUGCACAA